UAAUCCUCAUAAUUUAAUCAACCGCCAAGGGUUUAUACUCAGUUUCUUCAGAUAUGGAAGGAGAUGGUAAAAGGGAGCACAUGGACAUGGACUCUCCAACCAAUUCUCAGCAAACUAUUUCUGAUGACGAUGAAAUAGACUACUCAGUGAAGCCAGAAUUUUAUGACUCGGGUGCUGAUGAUAAAGAUGAAUUAUGGGUUCAAAAGCAAAGAACGGGUCGUGAUUCUGAUGCUGUUCUUAGUUGCCCAGCUUGUUUCACCACUCUCUGCCUUCAGUGCCAAAGGCAUGAAAAAUAUGUGACUCAGUACAGGGCAGUUUUUGUUGUUAACUGCGAGAUUGGAAGUGGCCAAGUACAGCCAAUUACUCCAAAACCGAAACGAGGCAAAAGAGGAAGAGAAUCUAAUGAGAGUGAAGCGAAUCCUUCUUCUGAUGAAACAUUCAAACCAGUUUUCUGCUCAGUAUGCUCAACGCAUGUGGGUGUGAUUGAUGAAGAAGAGGUUUAUCAUUUUUUCAAUGUUCUUCCAAGUGAGUCUUGAUCUGUUUAGUGGUCUUAGCCAUGCGGAGGAAGAGUUUUGUUGUUCCCCUUCUGUUAACACUAGGAAUUUCUUUGUUACAUGAUAUUGUUGAAUCAAUAAACAAUAAUAUACUUAACUAUUAGAUUGUAUUUUAGAAUGAAUGUCAUUGAUCUCCCAUGAGAUUUUGAUAGAUAAA